GCCGGGGGCUGUUUUCCACACUUUUGUCAUGACUCGCUCACUUGCUCGGCAUGCAGCCUUUGCGCGCAGUGCACCAGGCAGGGUGAGUCAUGCCAGCGACAUGGCAGGAUCUUCAGAAGUUGCAGGUGUUGCAACAGUCUGCAGUGGAGGCAGACGUCACCCUAGCGGCUAAUGCCGCUCUUCGAUCAGCUCACUGGGCUUCCGCUGUCUUCUUGUUGGAUAGCUUUGCCACGCUGGCACUUGAGGUCACACAGGUAGUAUCUGGCUGUGCAUUGACAGCAGUGGCCAGGAGCCUCCCACAUUGGGCAACUUGCUUGACCCUCUUGCAGAUUUCCCUGACUCGAGCACUGGCCAGCCUCAUUUCGCACAAUAUUGUCAUUGCAAUGUGCGGCAAGACGCUUUGCUGGAACAGGUCACUGUCCCUCACAGCCUCACUAACGCGGAGCCGGUUGCGGCCAACGGCCUCAACGAUAGGAGGUUUGUUGACGGCAUUCGAGAGGGGAGGUUAUUGGGUUGCAGCUUUGUCAAAACUGAGUUUGACUCGCGAGCAGCCUGCUUGGCUGUAUGGAGCGAAGGGUGGAGAGGUGUCAGUCACCUGGAAUGCAGGAGUGGCUGCAUGUGCUUCUUCUGCUGCGUGGGAAUGGGCUGCAAAGCUGGUGCGAGGCGAGCCGUGGAGAGGUGUGUCAACGAAGGCUGUGGGCACAGCAGGCUACAAUGCAGCCAUGGCUGCGUGUGGAAACUGGGUGGUUGCUAUGGAGCUUCUUCGGCAACUCUUGCGCAGUGGCUCCCAGGCAGACACUGCGAGUGUAUGCACGACAAUAGGUGCUUGCGCCACUGGCCUGGCUUGGUUCGCUUGCCUUCAACUCAUUGCCGGCGCAUCAUCUUUUGCGGUGGCGGCUGACAGAGUUGGAUACAAUGCUGCAAUGAAAGCUUGUGGCGAUCGCGGUUUGUGGUGGUGGUCGUCGUGGCUUUUGGAAGAAGUGAAGAUCAGCGAGAACUCGGCCCGCACAACAUGUGCAGGCAUCUCUGCAGCUGGUGCUGAGGGAGCGUGGGAAGUGUCAAUGACAUUGAUGUCUGAAGCAGCACUCGCCUUGGUGGAGUUUGAUGUGGCUGUUUACAAUGCUGCCCUCAGUGUGCUGGCAGGCAAUGAUCGGUGGCAGGCGACGCUGCAACUUCGACAGCGUCUCCAAGCAGCUGGACUGAAAGAAACAGCUGGCACUGUGAAUCCAGUGGCAGUGGCAGCCGGCAGAGGGAGCAGUUGGGCAAGUGCUGUGACAGCUUUGGAGGAGGAGCAUUGCCAAGAUGCUGCUGCUUUGGGGGCUGCAAUCACGGCUUCUGCUCAAGGGAGCCAGUGGAUCAGGUGCCUCCAUCUUCUGUCACUGCCGAUGCUUCAGAGUGAGUCUGCUUUAGCAACCUACAAUGCAUUGAUCACAGUUCUGGGAGAGCAGGCCCUUCAUGACAAGACCAUGCAGCUGCUGGGAGAAGCUGUGAAGCUGACACUCAGGCCAAGCAUCGUCACCUUCAAUGCAGCUAUGGACGUCACUUCUGCCAGCGGUUGGCUUGGAGCCGUUGCCUUGCUUGAGGCACUCCGAUCCCAGACCUUGGAGUCGGAUGCAUUCACGUAUUACUAUGCCAUCGGCGCAUGUGAGGGGAGCUCUGCAGCAGCACCGUUCGGAAGAUCUUUGGUGGCAGAGGCUUUACCGAUCCUGGAAAGUCGAGCAGCUCAACUCUUUGGCAGUCGUCUCAUCAUCCUGGAUCAAAUACGGGCGCUGGACUUCUUCACGAGUGCCUUGGAGGAAGCCUACAGAUCUGCGAUCCAACCAGUGGUGGCCAGGUUGCGGCUCUUGUGCGCGCAGAAGACCAGGACGAAUCCCGCAGCAACAAGGCUCAUGGACAAUGUCCUGGCAAAUUUCUUUGGUCUUGAAGGAUCUUUGACUCAAGAGACCUUGCAACUCAUCAGCAACGUCAGCGAGGCGGAUCGCACUUGGGUUGACAGAGGAAGAUGCUUUGCCCGGCACAGCUUACAAGGGAGCAACGCAAUCUUUAGGUGCAAUUGCCGUGAUAAGAUUCGCGCGCAGCGCCGUCUUUGAAUUUGUAGCACAGCGCCCAAAAGCAACUCUGAGGAGAGAUCCAAUGAGCAAGACACUUGCUGCAUGGUCAUCAUUUCGGUUUGAUCAUGAGCAAUCUGACGAUGCUGGGCAUGCAAUGCGGAUGAUUGGCCACAGCACGAUGCAUGGAGAACAACUCCUCCCAGUCUAUGUACAACAUGAUCGUGCACCUCACAGUGAACGGCAGACUCUCCUAUGCGUUUUGCUUGCAUUACAAGCCAA